UCCAGUACAAAGGAAAGCCGCAGAUUUUAAGAGGAUAUACCUCAAAGGCCCCUGCAUACAAACUGCCAUCCACCAGGCGGUAUCAGACGAGUUGGAGGUAGCCUGGCAGAGCAGCCACACCAUCACCACAAUGCUCUACGACCUCAAUGUCCCUUGGUCACCAAGCCAAGACUCCGCUCAAUUACAGAGAACCAUAUCCUUCCUCUCAGAAGCAGGCUACUCAGCUCUCGCCCUCAACCACACCAUAAAAAGUCCUCUCCCCCCUCAAAUAACAAACCCCAUACCAACAACCCUCCCCUUCACCCUCCCACCAAAAACCACCCUCCUCCGCCGCUGCACCCUCACAAUCUCCGACCCCUCACUCAACCACCGACUCCCAAACCUCGCCUCCGCCUACGACAUCCUCGCCCUCCGACCCACGAGCGAAAAGGCGUUUCUCUCAGCAUGUCAAUCACUGACAGAGCACUCCAUAAUCUCGCUCGACAUGACUCAACGAUUUCCCUUUCACUUCAAGCCGAAACCGUUCAUGACGGCUGUCAAUAGGGGGAUCAGGUUCGAGAUCUGUUACGCGCAAGCUACGAUGGGAGAUGCUGGCUCGAGGAGGAAUUUUAUAAGCAAUUGCUUGGGUAUACUGCGUGCUACGAGUGGAAGGGGUUUGAUUGUUAGCAGCGAAGCUACGAGCGUGUUGGGAGUUCGAGCUCCGGCCGAUGUGUUGAAUCUACUGUCAGUCUGGGGACUAGGAAAAGAUCGAGGAUUGGAAGCUCUGGAUGUGAAUCCUAGAGGGGUGGUUAUGAACGAGGGACUAAAGAGAAGUGGAUUUAGAGGAGUGGUUGAUAUCAUCGAUGGAGGAGACAAGCCUACUCCGAAAGAAAAGAACACACCGACCUCUAACGGGGCAGGAAAGAAAGGCAAACGGAAAGCAACAUCAGGAUCCCAACAACUCAGCUCAGAAGCCCCUCUCAGCAAACGAGCAGCAAAGAAAGCCCGCCUCGCAGCCGUGAACCCAGAACCAGAUACCUCUCCCCCUCCACCCGCCACAGAACUAGACACCCCUAGCGAAAUAAAAACCACCACAAAUGGCUAAACCCACACAUGUUCGAGCAGUCUCUUUUU